UUUUUAAAUUUCUCUCCCACUACCUUCACAUUCAACUUCCCGUAGCAAACGAUGCUACUACAGAUAAUACAUAAUAUUCGGCAGUUAUGCUUUUUCAAAGCGCAUGUGUUGUCGAUUUGAGUAAAGGUCAGGAAAAUGUUCCGAUUACAAUAGACGGAGAUUUUAACCAAGUGGAAUACCCUGCAUUUCAGUAUUCACCAGGAAACGUACAGGGACCAGGCUGUGAAAUUGACCCAGGCGAAAUCACCCUCCCUGGCUGCUCCUGCCUCAGCCAGUCCUGCGUGGAUGAGAGCUGCUCUUGCCUGAAGACCUACGGGCAAGCCUACGACAGCUCUGGCCUACUCCUGGACCGCUACAUGGCGGACGGCGCCUACUGCGCCCCCGUGUUUGAGUGCAACGCCCUCUGCGCCUGCAGCGAGGCCUGCUCCAAUCGUGUAGUGGAGAGAGGCCUCGGCUUCCGCCUGCAAGUCUUCCUCACGAGGGAGAGGGGCUGGGGGGUGCGCACCCCUGAGCUCAUCCACCAGGGGUCGUUUGUGUGCGAAUACGCCGGGGAGGUGAUCGGCCGGGAUGAGGCCAGGCGCAGACAACUCUCCCAGGGGCCCGGGGACAACAACUACAUCAUAGCGGUCAGGGAGCACGCAGGACCGGCCUCCGUCACAGAGACCUUCGUGGACCCGGCCAGGGUCGGGAACGUGGGACGCUUUCUGAACCACUCAUGUCGCCCCAACUUGGUGAUGGUGCCCGUGCGCAUGCAUUCGGCGCUCCCCCACCUGGCGCUGUUUGCGUGCCGGGACAUCUGUUCCGGCAAGGAGCUGACGUUCGACUACUCCGGCGGGGGAAGCAGAGAUGGAGAUACGUCGAGGGGGAGCCAGGCAGCUAUUGAGGCUAGUAGGACGCAUGGGCUUCAGAGGAAAGCAUGUUACUGUCGUGCCCAGAACUGUUCUGGGUUCCUUCCCCUGGACACAAGCGUGCUCUCUAACUUGUGACCAAUGGAGCACCCUGCAGAGCAGCUGUCAGGAUCUGUCAUUUGCACAUUUAGGUCACUUGAUAUGAAUCUUGACCUUGUUUCAGUGUGGUUUGCCGAUAUGUUUUCAGUAAUGGCUAUCAAACAUCUAUUGGCUAUAUUAGCUUUAAGUAACACACUGUUGUACAGAUCGUGGUCAAGAGACAAUCUUCGGCUAGGUACAAAAUAUUCCAGAAAAUAAACAAAAAAUAACAAAAGUUUGACCUGCUAUAUUCUGUUAUGUGUCUGCUUCUUGAAUUAUAUUUUCUUUUCAGACAUCAGAGAAUCCUCUAUCUAUAUAGGGCAGGUCGUGCUGGAAUCUAAAGGCCUCUAUGUUAUCUUCCCCAGGGCAACUAUGGUUUUCCUAAUGCUGUAUCCGACAGCUUGACCGUCAAGGUAUAUACUUUUAUAUGCAUAGGUAUGGAUAUUUAUUCCUACCGAUUUGCAUUUCAAAUUUCAAUGCCAAAGUCAGGUUUCAGACACUGUGUUGCUUUUUUUUUUCAAAUCAAGUCCCCUUGAAGACAUUCUCUUGUAUCCAAUGGUGCGCAUACCCCCAGAGAGUCUUUAGCAAUUAGCAAAAGACCAGAGGGUGUUGUUUUUAAUAUAGCAACCAGUUCUAUUCCCUCAUCAGACGUGGGGCCAAGGUGUCCCAGUUUACUGUGACCGUUCUCGGAUCAGAACUCUCUCUGAUCAAACUGCUCCCUUUCCACACCAGACCUGCCUUCCUCUUUAUUAAUAUCCACAUCUGGGUUAAUUGCGAGCGAGACCGCCAGAAAUGAGACCAAGGGGGCUGGCAGUUGGAUGGGAAUGCAGAGAGACCUCAUAGGGGGGGCUUGAUGGAAGACCGGGUCGUAGCUCUCUAGACCCUGGAGCACAUAAAUGCUUUUAUUAUUUUUAAAUUUGAGAAAUAAAUGUUAAUAAAAAUACAUUAACAAUUUUGUCUAAUUCUUCCACUAUUUAUAGAUAAUCUCUUCACACUACCAGCCUACUCAUUUCUGAUUAUUAAAGUUUUUCUGGUUGUCACCUACGUUUUUCCUGAAUGGUGGUCUACUGCUGUAUAUACACGUCGCAUGAGGAAGGAGAUUCCACAGCCCAAAGAAUCCACCCUUCCUCCAACAAGAAUCCCCGUACCUAAUCCGUGACUCAUGCCGUUUGUAAAUUUGCUUUCACUUCGAAUCCCCAUAGCAACGCAUUAUGUGUACAGUAGGUGAUUGGACGUCGGCUGUUCACAGAAGGCUGUGGGGCUGCGUUUAGGAGCCCGGCUUGAAUUGCAGUGCCUCCUCUCUUGGUCAGUCACCUAGCAACCAGCCGUUGAUCACACAACGGUGGACUUCCUCCUUGUGGGGACAUUCAUACUGGGAAGAGGAACACAAAAUCCAGAUGUCUGGAUUCAGAGCAAUGUUGGAUUAGAUGAGGCUCUUCUCUGUUUGUCUUUAAAUAUGGGAAUCGUAAAGGGUUUAUUAUGUAUGUUGCUUAAGACAUUGUUCAUCCAUCCAAUGUUAAGUGCAGUGUUAACAAACAUUGUAUAUUGUUAUCAGAAUCAGAAUUUGUUUGCAGGUGAUAUGAAGAAUAAUAUUAAAAAAAUUACUGUGAAGUGUUGAACUGUAGUGGAUAUACAAAAAAUAUAUAUUAAAGAGGCAAUCUUGAAUAUUUAGUAUUUAUCGCUGAAUGAGGUAAGACACUGAUGAUUGAUCCUAUGGCCCACUGAUUAAAG